CCCUUACAUUUUGCUGAGAGUCAUCAAUUAUGUAGGGAACGGAUACCAGCAACAAUAUGGCGACAGCCGCAGUUUCUCCCCAAUCUUUUCCACAUCUGCAGUCCAACAACGCCUUUCUGGAUUCUCUGUAACGGUGACAAAAGCAGCCGCCCGGCGGAUGGUUCAGACCCCAAGGACCCAAGUAGCUACAGGAUGAAAACAUGGCCGCACCCCUUCUCGCACCCCCAGGCCCUAACAGCAUCAAGGAGUUCACUUUGGAGUCUCUGGCGAACCUCGAGCUGCGCUUCAAGGAUGCGAAGAACAAGAAGCCUCCCCGGCAGGACAGCAGUUACCGCGACGAUGACGACGAGAACAAGCCCAAGCCCAACAGCGACCUGGAGGCCGGGAAGAGCCUGCCCUUCAUCUACGGGGAGAUCCCCAAAGGGCUGGUGGCGGUACCCCUGGAGGACCUUGACCCCUUCUACGCGGCCACUCAGAAAACGUUUAUAGUGCUAAACCGAGGGAAGACCAUCUUCCGGUUUAGUGCCAACCCUGCCUUGUACUUCAUAAGUCCUUUAAAUUUUGCUAGGCGAAUGUCUAUUAAAAUUUUGAUACACUCCCUUUUCAGCAUGAUCAUUAUGUGUACUAUUUUGACCAACUGUAUAUUCAUGACCUUUAGUGACCCUCCCGAGUGGUCAAAACAAGUAGAGUACACAUUCACUGGAAUUUAUACGUUUGAGUCCCUUGUAAAAAUCUGCGCGCGAGGAUUCUGUAUAGACGGUUUCACGUUCCUCAGAGACCCGUGGAACUGGUUGGAUUUCAUGGUCAUUUCUAUGGCAUAUAUAACAGAGUUUGUGGACCUGGGCAAUGUAUCUGCGCUGAGAACAUUCAGAGUUCUCCGAGCAUUGAAAACUAUCUCUGUCAUACCAGGCCUGAAGACCAUCGUGGGCGCCCUGAUCCAGUCGGUGAAGAAGCUGUCUGACGUGAUGAUCCUCACCGUGUUCUGCCUGAGCGUGUUCGCCCUCAUCGGCCUGCAGCUCUUCAUGGGGAACCUGCGGCACAAGUGUGUGAUCUGGCCCAUCAACGCCACCGACAACUACCUGGCCAACGGCAGCAGGGGCUUCGAGUGGAACGAGUACAUCAACAACGACACCAACUUCUACUUCCUGCCUGGCAGCCUGGACGCUCUUCUCUGUGGGAACAGCUCUGACUCUGGGUGAGUCUCCCUCCUGUUCUCCUCAGGCUCUGUGUACAGUCCCCUCCUUCAUCACACGCCUCCAUCCAGUCAAUGGUUGGAGCUGCAUGUCAUGAAGGGAGCAGGUCGCCUGGCUUAUGAAUUGCCGCAGAGGCCUAAAGACCCUUUUAAUGCAGGAACUAAGUGCGCUUUGUUGUUAGAUACGGCCGCCCCUGUUUUCAUUUGAAAAGGCUCAAAUGAAAAGUGCUUCAUAAAUCAAAUGAUUAUAUAUCAUUAUAAUGAUGAUUAUUAGAGUUUGAACCCAGAAGCUCUCCACUGGAAUUUAAACACACUAACGGCUUGACUACCCUCCACCCCCAUCUCUGACCCCAACACACCC